GAAACAAAAUAUUGAUAAAAAAAAAAAAUGACCUUGCCCGCGGUCUUACCCCAAAAUUGAGUCUUUGUUUCUUCACCAAAAAAGGGAUCGAAAGCCCUCAAAGGAACUAAAACCCUAACUUACUCCCCCAAAUCCCCAAUUCUGAAAACUAAUCUCUCCCAAUUCGAAUUCGUCGGUAAAACCCUUUUCGCCGUGCUUCGAAUUCCGGCGUUGGCAUUGCUCUGUGUAAGUUGAAGUGGCGUAAAGCUCGAAUCUUUGCUCACAAUGUCGGCGAGGAAAGUUGGUGAAGCUGAACCUCAGCCUGAGGGGGACGGUGGCUCUGCGCAAGCUUCACAGUCAGUUCGAGCUUCCAAGUCCACUGAUGAUAGUGACAAGAAGAGCACAGACAGGAAACUUAAGGAUGUUGAUAUUUGUGUGCCGAUAGUAUAUGGGACGAUCGCGUUCUAUCUUGGUAGGAAGGCCAGCGAGUCUCAGUCCCAUAAGUGGACGGUUUAUGUUCGUGGAGCCACAAAUGAGGACCUUGGGGCGGUGGUGAAGCGUGUUGUCUUUCAAUUGCAUCCUAGUUUCAACAACCCUAUGAGAGUGAUCGAGUCGCCCCCAUUUGAGUUAACAGAAUGCGGUUGGGGUGAAUUUGAAAUUGCCAUCAGCCUGUUCUUCCACAAUGAUAUCUGUGAGAAGCAGUUGGACUUGUAUCACCAUUUGAAGCUAUAUACCGAAGACGAAUCGGGCCCCCAGUCGACCAAGAAACCUGUUGUUAUGGAAUCUUAUAAUGAAAUAGUUUUCCCCGACCCUUCUGAGGCAUUUUUUGCUCGUGUACAAAACCAUCCAGCUGUCAUAGUUCCCCGUUUGCCUGCUGGGAUUAACUUGCCUAAGCCUGUUGUGAAUGAUAACAUGAAUGAAAACAAACGAGGAGACACGAAGGAUCACCCUCUUAGUCAGUGGUUCUUGAACUUUUCAGAAGCAGAUGAACUCUUAAAACUUGCAGCGGCUCGCCAAGAGGUUCAAGCCCACAUUGUUAAUGUAAGACGAAAACUGAGCUUGAUGGAAGGGGUGCCCCAGCUGUCCAAACAACCCUCCGGUUUUGAGUACGCAUGAUCAUGGUAAUAUUGUCAAAGAUUCGUCAUCAGUGUAAAUUAAUGAAGAUUGAGUGAUCCUUGAUGUAAACAUCUGUAUCAUCACAGUGAUGGGGAACUCUCCAGUUUGUUUAAAUCUUUGUAUGUGGUUUACAGCUAAUUGAACAGUGUAGUACAGGAACAACUAUGGAUUGUUCUGAGACCUCUUAUCAAACAAGCUAGAAGAUUGUGCACAAUAUUAGUAUUGUCUUCUUCCCCGUCUAUUUUUCUUUAUGUUGGGCCAAUGGCAGUAGUAUGCUCAAGGUAAACGAGUUAGGCCAAUCAGAUGGGAUGGUUCAUACUUCAUAGUGUAGACCUCCUCAGGCUUCAGAGUCGAUUGCGAUGCUGUAGUUUUGAUGCUUGUAGUGAUGUGAAUAAGCAUUUUAGAGAUUUCAGAAAGCUCGAUUUUCUCAAAUACCUGUGCUGUUCUAGAGUUGUAUUGGAUUUUGAUUCAGUGGUCAGGUCUAUCUAUAAUUCUAUAUACAGGGAAACGUACACUACAAACAUAUGAGCUUAUUCUGACUUGUAAUGGUCAAGGUUCUUCUGAGAUAGUACUUGAGUAGACCGAUAAACUGAAAUACCUUACCUGUUGUGAAUUGUGAUUGCUGUGAAGCCGCCAUUUCUAUUUUGUCUCUAUGAGGUUUCUUGAGGACAAGUAACAUGGCCUUCAUCCCUUUCACAUGCCGAUAAAUGGGGUUGGUUCAACAUCUUCUGCAAGAGAGUUGCCGUCUGUUGAUUGGUCCUGCCUCAGUUACGACG